CAGGUGCCAAUCUGUAGGCCAGCUUCUUAAGCCCACAGAUCUCUCCACUUGCAAUUCAUUUGAGGAAGGACACACAGGCUGCUUGUAUCUAUUUAGCUGAACUGCUCACUUUCCAUUGUUUCCUGAGCGGCGACAUUAUGGGGCUCAGUGAUCAGGAAUGGCAGAAGGUCGUAGACAUCUGGGGGAAAGUGGAACCAGACCUCCCUGCUCAUGGGCAAGAAGUUAUCAUCAGGAUGUUUCAGAAGCACCCAGAGACCCAGGAGCGCUUUGACAAGUUCAAAAACCUGAAGACGGUGGAUGACAUGAAGAGUUCAGAAGAGCUCAAGAAGCAUGGAACGACUGUCCUCACAGCCUUGGGCAAAAUCCUAAAGCAGAAAGGGAACCACGAGGCAGAACUUGCACCCCUGGCACAGACCCACGCCAACACACACAAAAUCCCGGUCAAGUAUCUUGAGUUCAUUUGCGAAAUAAUUGUUGGCGUCAUUGCUGAAAAACAUUCUGCAGACUUUGGGGCCGAUUCGCAAGCGGCGAUGAGGAAGGCCUUGGAGCUGUUCCGCAACGACAUGGCCAGCAAAUACAAGGAGCAUGGCUUCCAGGGCUAAUAGUGAGCAUGGGAGGCAAUGUUCCCUUUCAGCAAGGAUGGGGAGCCUGUGUGUGACCCUCCAGAUGUGGCUGGACCACAACUCCCAUCACUGGCGAGGGCCAAAGGGAGCUGGAGUCAAACAACAUCUGGAGGACCACAGGUUCCUCAUCCCUGUCACGAAGAGAAAUAAAGCAGCAUGUUUUGGGUGUGCAAUCAAUCUAGCAGAAGAAUAUUCUCCUUUCAUGGCAAAAAAUUAGUUUGGCACCAGCUUGAAAAAAAUAUACUCACUAUAUAAGGCUCAAGUUACACACCAUGACAGAAGACCCACAUCUUUAAAAGAAACUCUCUUGUUCGUAAUAUUAUUAUUGCUAUUAUUAUUAUUAUUAUUAUUAUUAUUAUUGCCUGCCCUUCACCAGCAGGUCUCAGGGUGGGUUACAGCAGUUUCAAAUUAAAAAUUAAAAACAGUUAAAACAGGUUAUAAGUGCAGGAAUAGUGUAGGCCCAGAAAACACAUGCAUUCGGGGGUGCCGACUUGAAUAAAAUAUUGUUUGGGGUAGGUAAGCACCUCCCUGUAUCAAUCAUGAUCACAAGUUGUAGCACGCACAUAAUUUGAAUGACAAUGACUAUCAACUUUUUUGGGGGGGAGCAAUUCCUUCAAAUAUUUUAUUGGGGAGGGAGGACCUUGGCACAUAGGUGUUGGCUCCUAUGCACUCAUCUCAGAUGUGAAAAGCCGGGGUAAAGAGGUGUACCUUCAGCAUUCACCAAAAACGCUAUAGAGAAGAAGUCAUGUAAAGUUGAAGGUUGGAAGUGAAGUUUAUAAGACCAAAUGGGCAUGUAGGCAUGAAAUGCUGAAUCAUCUCAUGCCAAACAUCUUACUACCCAGUGGUCCAUCCACCAGAGUCUUUUCCUCCUCCAGCUAGGCCCUGAUGCCAAACUCUAAUGAUCCUUUUUUGCAAAAGGUAUGGUCAGAUAGAUAGUGGGUGGGAAGUUCAGCACCUCCUGACUAUUGGUUCUUUAAAUCAUACUGUUGCAUUAAUAUAUGAAUGGUGUCAGAAGGUCUGUCACUGUAAUGUGUAGCUUGGGCUGUCAACUGAGGCUUCUUUUUUUUAAUCUUCAGCACGAAUCAUUGUAAUUUUGGGCUUAGUAGAAUAAAAAUUAUAUACAACAGAGAUAAGCGAUGGUUGCCUUUGUUAAAAAUCCGCUGAGAUAUUAUCCUCCGUCUGAUGUCAUAAUAGAGAAAGGUUGCCUUGUGGUUAGUAAUAGCUGUGAAAAAAUGUUGGGUGAGGCUGUUCAGAAGGCGGGUAGAAGAUAGGGUUGCCAGUUCCUGCUUAGAUUCAGUACUACUUGCUGUUUUAAUAACUCUUGAGAUAGAAAGACUAGCAGGAUUUGCUCCCGGUAGAAUUCGUCCCUUCCUUGCCUGCUGUACCAAACAGGAUCCCAGUUCCAUCUGGCAACAGAUGGGAGAGGGAAGGGAGUUGCGAAACAAUGGAUGACAUCACUAGGUCAAAAUCUGACAGCCCCUGUAGAGAGGAAUUCCUGUUAGAACUGAUUAACUGAUUAUUCUUAGACUGAGCAGGGGCUGGGGUCAACCUAUUGUAAACUUGUUCUAAGAAAGUUGCAAAAUGGCUGGGGGAAAAAUAUGUGGGUGGGGUGGAUCAGCAUCUUGGGGCCCGUCUGCAUGUGCCUUCAGAGAGAACUCACAUUUUCAAGCAGCAAUUCUUUUUCUGCAACCAUUUGAUGCAGAAAAUUGUGGAUAUAUUCAGAUAUUAAUCCACAGAUUUGCCCGUUUCUGGUAAACCAGGAAUGGGGUGUGUGAUGUUCCUUGCAAGACUUACCUUGCAUGGUCUUGAUCCUGCUGGUCCUGCCCACAUCCUUGCCAUUCACAUGUGUCCUAAUGAUGUCAUCAUAUCAUAUGAUGUCACAGUGCUCAGGGAAGGUUGCCAUAUUAGGGAUGCUGGAGCACCAAUUCUCUGGCAUGUCUACACUACUGAAUCCCCAAGAAUGGCCAUCAGGUAACUUGGGGCUAUAUGAGGCAAAGGUAAGCGUUCAUAUCUGCCUUAGGUGGAUGAGCGCUUUAGAAAGCAAGCAACACUGAGGAAUAAUAGUUAAAGCUGUCACUUAAGACAUUUUAGCUGAUUAUCCAUAUGUAUUUUAGUCAAUUGGUUAACAGAUGAGUAAACUGUAUACCUGGAUAUGGAUAAAAACAAGAGUUCUGAGGCUAUAAACAUACUUUAUUUUUAGAUAACACAUGUAUGUACUGUAACAGUCCCCAUCUUAGCAGAAGCAUUUUCUCCUGCUUGCGAGACAACACACUAUGGCACCAGCUGGUUGUGUUAUUUUGUAGUUUGUAAUACUGUAUUAAAAAUAACUUGAGCAUUUUAUUUUUAAAAUAUCUGGCCAAAGAAUUGCAGGCACCCUUUAGCUGAUCAAAAGGGUUUUAACUGAUUGACCAAAUCAUCAAAAAAUAAAAAAAAAUGCAGCCCUGGGGGAGAGACUUUUCAGUGGAAUCAGUACAUUGGUUCUGAAAAGGCAGAGAAGCUCCGUUAAUGGAAUCUCAUGCAUGUCUACUCAGACUAAGUUCCAUUUAAUUAAGCUGCAACUCUAUACCUACUUACCUAGGAAUAAGUCCCAUUGAAAUCAACUGGGCUAACUUCUGAGUAGACAUGUAGAAGAACACGGAGUCAAUUUUCAAGGUCUUCCAUGCUGACCCUGCUAAUGAAAUGUAAAAGUAUCUCUUGUAUGUAAAAGUAUCUCUUCCCCUAAUCCCUGCGAGUUGCUACACACUUGAGUAUGUGAUACACUGAAUGGCAAGUGAUGUGUUUUUUAAUUGAAUAAACCCUAUUUCCUCAA